UAAAGCCAGGCCCAGGAAACUUUACCCGGGGUAACAGCCGCGGCGCUUUACGGCGACGGCGGCGGAGUGGGAGCCUGGGCGGCGGAGGCGGCCGCGGCGGCGAAGGAGGCGGCGGCAGCGGCUGAGGAGAAAGAGGAGUGGCGGCGCUGGCGGCGGGGACCCGUGCCGGGAUGGCGGAGGUACCGCCUGGGCCUAGCAGCCUCCUCCCACCCCCGGCACCUCCGGCCUCGGCGGCGGCUGAGCCCCGCUGUCCCUUCCCGGCGGGGGCCGCCCUCGCCUGCUGCAGCGAGGACGAGGAGGACGACGAGGAGCACGAAGGCGGCGGCGGCGGCGGCGGCAGGAGUCGGGCGGGCGGCGAGGCGACGGCGGCGGCCAAGGGGCAUCCGUGCCUCCGGUGCCCUCAGCCGCCGCAGGAGCAGCAGCAGCUCAACGGAUUGAUCAGCCCCGAACUGCGGCACCUCCGGGCGGCCGCCUCGCUCAAGAGCAAGGUUUUCAACGCGGCCGAGGCGGCCACGACCACGGCCACCCCCGACGGGGGCCCCAGAGCGACUGCCACAAAAGGAGCCGGGGUCCGCUCGGGCGAGAGCCCCCCGCGCUGCCUCCCCAGCCACGCCAGAACUGCGCUCCCGGGCCCCGCGGAGGCCGCGGCGGCCCGCAAUGGACUGGCGGAGGGCGCCGAGCAGGAGCAGGAGGAGGAGGAGGACGAGCAGGUGCGGCUGCUGUCUUCCUCCCUGACCGCCGGCUGCAGUUUGAGGAGCCCCUCCAGCCGGGAGGCGGAGCCCGGGGAGGAUCGGACGAUACGUUAUGUCCGAUAUGAAUCCGAGCUGCAAAUGCCCGAUAUCAUGAGACUGAUCACCAAAGAUCUGUCCGAACCCUACUCCAUUUAUACCUAUAGAUAUUUUAUCCACAACUGGCCACAGCUGUGUUUCUUGGCCGUGGUAGGGGAGGAGUGUGUAGGUGCCAUCGUUUGCAAGUUGGACAUGCACAAAAAGAUGUUCCGCAGAGGUUAUAUAGCCAUGUUAGCCGUGGAUUCCAAAUACAGGAGAAAUGGCAUUGGUACUAACUUGGUUAAGAAAGCUAUAUAUGCCAUGGUUGAAGGAGACUGUGAUGAGGUUGUUUUGGAAACAGAAAUAACGAAUAAGUCUGCUUUGAAACUUUAUGAGAAUCUUGGUUUUGUUCGAGAUAAGAGGCUGUUCAGAUACUAUUUAAAUGGAGUUGAUGCACUGCGACUUAAAUUGUGGCUGCGUUGAGAAACUGACAUCAAGGAACAACUCUUCAACCACUCAGAAUCGACCUUUGCAUGCAAUGCAAUUUGUACAGAAUUGCUUUGCAGGUGGAUUUAGUAAUUUCCAUGCAGUUCUUAUCUGUCAGUGUCUCAUUGAGUGUCGCACAACAUUUGUUGCACUUUGGCAUGGCGCAUUUGUUCUGAAUUAAAAGAGAUUGUUUUAAACUUAAAGAGUUUUUUUGGUACCAGCAAGAUGUGCCAGUUGAUAGCCAAGAUUUGUUUGUUCAUUUGCAAAGUCUGCUGACAAUGUAAUUAAUAACAAAGUGAUCAUUUUACCACAGAACCAGUAAGUGGAACAUUAUUUGUGUUCCUUAAAAAAGCCAAUGUAGAUUGUAAAAACCUCUAAGUAUACUAACAUUUCACAUGAAACCUGCCAUAGUUUUCUGAAGGAGGUAGGGGGAAAGCUUCAAUUUUAGGUUUUAUUUUUUCAAUAUUAAAUUUUCCAUUCUUGAAUAUUGGUACCUCAGUGAUUAGUGAAUGAAAAAUUUAGGGUUGGUUGUGUCUUACAAUGAGUAAAGAUAACAAUUAAAUUGCGUCUGCCAGUGCUUGUGUAGAUAAGUAUAUUUGUCUUCAUCUCUAGUUUUUUAAUGCAUGCUACCUUUUUCUUUUCUUUUUUUAAGGCCUUUGCAAGCAAACUUUUUUUUUUUAAUUUAAAUUCUAAAUUUGAUAAUAAAUUAUUUCAGAUUUUUAUAAUUUGGAUACUUUUUCCAGGUGAGUGACAGAGUGGUUUACUUUACAGUAAGAAGUUGAAUUUACUCGGAAAAUCUUUGAGAAAUGGCUCCAAAGGGGAUGAGAAAGUUGGUGGAGCCGGGAAUUGCUGGGUUUUGGAUGCACUUUUUUUUGAGAGGGAAUUUUUGGAAAAGAAUAGAAAAUUAAUGUAAACUGAUAUGAUUUUAUUUAAUCAAAAUUAUUGCUAAGCUGUGAAGAACAGCUUUUACAAUGUAGGUGGAAGUUUUUUCCCACUUGAUUAGGAUUCACAUUGCUUUCAUUUCUUGAAAUGUUUCACUUUUGGUUCUUGGUCUCUUAAGGUGCAUUGUAUCCACUUUAAACUGAUUUUAUUUACUUUCCACUUAUUUGAGCAAAUACUUGGGGGAACUUUGCUUAGUUCCUAGAAAAACAAAAGUGAGAAAUGGAAUUUUUUUUUUGGAAUGAGUGCUUAUGGGUUUUCAAUAGCCAUCACUAUGCUCAUAACUUAAAUUGUGUUUUGGCCAGUCUGUCCUAUAACAAAUUUUAAAAUUAAUUGCUUUCAAUUGAGUCAGGAAACCUGUGAUGAUAAUUUAUUUAACUGGAAAACCUAGGUACCCAUGGGAAAAAAAAAUUCAUUCUCUGUGAAAAAUGUUUUAUAGGAAACUAUGCUUUUUUCUUUCAUUUGGAUAUGCUUUACUUCUUCUCUAGUAUUUGGUUUGAAUUUUAUUUUAUGACUAUGAUUACUGUAUUUUUUUAAAACCCUACCUCCAUUAACAGUUGGUAAAAGCCCCCUUUCAGGAAAGUUUGUUGUCCUUUUUUUUAUUUUUUUAAAGGAAAGCUGCUCUUUGCUCAGUGUAAUGUCUUGAAAGUGAACAUGGUAACAAGUACUUUUAAAAUAAAGAUAUACAGAUUUGGUGAAAAUAAAUCUUUCUGCUGGUGGGAUCAUUUAUAGUUCCUUAUUAUUAAAGAAACCUUUUUCUUUCCAUUUUAUAUUGCUCUUGAAAGUUUAAUGGGCAGAAUACUGGUUACAUUAAAAUAUGACCACAUAAUACUCAGCUUUUCAGUUGACCAUUUGAGUAUGAUUUUGGUCAAACUUUAUUUGGGCUCUAACAUUUAGAGGAAUACCAAUUGUGAUGCUUCUGUUAUUUUUAAUAUGGAGGGAAUUGAACUAAAAAAAAAACAGUACAGUACUUACAUCACCAGUUUUUCUCUCACCACUUUAUAUUUGAAUUGCUGGUUCAUAGGUAAUGAUUAUUGAUGAACAUACAUUUGCUUGACUCACUAAAGGGGACAGUUCUAAAGUAGACACAUGCUGGAUUUUCAGUUCAACAAUUAUGUUUUUGGCAGGUUGUCAAAGAAACCAUCACUACUGACCCUUUCCCUCUGAAUUGACUUAAGUUUUGCCAAAUUGGGUAGUCAUAAAUAUGACCAUAGCCAUGUGAUAAUAAGUCAUAUGGUUGCUGUAUUGUUUGAUUUGUUUAUGUUAAAUAAUAGUGUCUACUUUAUGUCUUUAAUUGGGUAUGCAAAAAUUGUUAAGUAGACUAAAAUUUUAACUUUUAACAUGAUAACCAGAAUUAAGUCUCUAUUCCAAUUAAAAGGGAAUAAAACAUUAAUUUACUUUUUGAUAUUGGGUUUUUAUUUUUCUUGAAUAAUCUAAAAAAUUCCAUUUAAAAUUGAUAGUGUGAGUUCACUUGGCUAAACCUGAGCAAAAUUGGUGCAACUUUCUUUUAAAGGGGUGCUGCCUCUUUAAGACUGACUGUGCUAUCCACUGACACUGGUUUGGCAGUUAAUACUGCUGAACAUUUUUUAUACAUGCUACCAUGAAGCUAUAUAUGUUAGUAUUGAAGAAGCUAACGGGUAUACUACCAUUUUUGAUAUGUGGACUGAUUACAAUUUCCAUUAUGUUAAAAUAAAACUACUCAAGAGAAAUCCACAGGUCAGUAACCAGACAAUAGAUUUUGAAGUUGAAGCCAGCAAAAUUAAAAUAAGAAAGACAAAAUAUUAAAAAUUUGGUUUUAAUAUUUUCUGCCUCUUCCCCAAAUCACCCUCUCCACUUGCUUGACAAAUCUUUGUAAAGGAGUUUGUUUGUCACAUGUUUUAACUUUACCUUGCCCUGUGUUGUGGUAUUGGCUGACAUGUAUAAGACUGGAUGUGUAUAUUAUGGUGUCUAAAAAUCAUGAAAUUCAUCACUUUUCAGGGGCAUAGAUAAAAGCAAAUUGGUAGUGCAUCAGAGUUACUUUCAGUGCACCAUGACAUCACUAAAAUGAGUGCUAAAAUGUUACAGGGCUUUCAGGUUUGUAAAAACAUAACUAUAAAUUAUAUUGACGUCAGAUAUGAGUUGAGUAUAAAAUAUCACGUGUAUCUCAAAAUAUUGGACUGCUGUUUGAUGACUGGAUAUUGCUGCAUAAUUUUCUUCUAUUGUCCCGUAUCCUUUUGGAGAGAGAGAUUUAAUGGGAUUUGAAAUGUGCAAGCUGUCUAAAUAAGGUGCAGUCAAAUAAAGUAUGGUUACGUUGUGUUUGCAUUUUUCUUUUAGAUACAGCUGUGUGCAUUUUAUGAUUGAGUUGUUAUACUUACUAAGAAAAAAUCCAAGCAAUCUACUCUGUUCCCCACUUCCUGCCUCUCAUCUCAGAGUUAUUUGGAAGAAGUGAUAGACAGUUCUUAUCUCUACUUUGUGUUCUGACAAAGUAAAUUAGAAAAAUAGCAACAUGAACUUAAGUUUCCUGAAAGUAUUCAAAGUUAAUCAUCUCAUAUAUCAGAUAUCAAUACAAAUGAGCAUAUUAAACCAAAUUUUUUUGUCCUUGUUUCAUAGCACUUUAUUCCUAAGACAGUUUUUAUUUCAAUUUCCCAUUUUUAUUUGUAUUUAAGUAAUUUUUUUUACCCAUACUGAGACACCAAAGUAAAAUAGAGCAUUAUGUAAAGGGCUUUUUCUCCGAUUUUUGUGAGAAGCUUUAAAUGGUGUUUAUGCUUUCAUCAAGAUUUAUGGAUAUUAAUGGAAGAGAUCUGUUUCAAUCAUGACUGCUAAAUUUCAUCAUGUAUACCAAAUCUCUUCAGUUUUCUUUUAUAGUCAUGUUUUGAAAAUAUCUGAGUUCAUGUUUUACCUGUGCCUCACAUGGCACUUUAAAUACUUCAUACAUUGUCUAAAUAAGGACCAGAAAUUUGAUACUGUUCUUUCACACCUAUGAACAGAGAUCAGUAUUAACCUGUAGCACAGAAAUAUAGUGAUACUUUUAAACAACUUAUUAAGAAGAUGAGUUUGAAAAGUCUCAGGAGCAUAUGGCACACUGCACUUUCUUCAGAUCAGUGCUAAUAGCACUUUUUAUGAUGGUAAGAAUGUUCUUUAUGUUCUCCAGUAUGCUAGCACCCAGUAACAUGUAGGUAUUUGAGCCCAUGAAGAGUGGCUAGCAUGAAGAACUGAAUUUUUAAUCAACUGAAAUUUAAAUAGCUCUAUGUGGCUAGUGGCUACUGUAUUGGACAACAUAGCUUUAGAUAAUACUUAAGCAGUAAAAGCUGAGGAAAGCAUGUUUUGGAUAGGAGUUUUAAGACCAGGCUAUCUAUUGAAAUAUGAAACAAGGAUCAUGAUUGAAAAUUGUCUCUGAGCAAAAGAGUGUAGCUGCACUGUUUAUGCUGACAAUCUAUUUCAUUAAAACAGUUUCUGACUGACCACCUCUCUCACUGCCCCUGUUAUGAUGUAGUGCUUCUGACGAAAGUUGCCCUUUCUGGAUUUUAUUUGGAAGUUCUUGGAGUUGCAGAGAUGCACAAACUCAAAUGCCAAAAAUUGGUUUCUGAUGAGAUUGUCAUAUUUUUAACAUUAAAACAUUUUACAUAGUUUAGCCUAAUAAUUUCUCAUUUUAGAUGAAUUUGAAAUCCUUUGACCCUAACAGGUCGAUUUCUCAUUACCCGUGAUUAUACCGAAACAUGGAGGAAUAUCAUUUUUAUACUUAAUAUUUUUUAAAUCCUGGAAGAUCAGUUGUGGAUCCAAAGGCAAGUGUUUUUGUUUCUGAGAGAACCAGAUUAAUUUUUCUAUGUUCUCUGGCCACGGUGUGUCACCCUUGGUUCAAGCUGGUCAUCUAAUAAGUGAUUCAUCAAAAGGACAGAAGUGGGGUUGGGAGUGCCAGGCUUGGUACAGCCUGAAAACGCUGGGGAGAAAGCUCAGAGCACGUGUUCUGUUGAGAGCAAUCACUGUUUAACCUUAUGAAAAAGAUGGCGGAAUAACAGACCACCAAAGUGCCAAAAUCUUCUACUUUAAAAAAUGUAAACAAUACAGAGGUUAUAAUGUAAGGUUUUUAAAGUGCUAAGAAAUAAGCUCAUUUUUAGUUACGGAUUUUCAUGACUACCUCUUUUGCUGUAUGACUAUAUCUCAAUUUUCUGAUACCUCAAUUUCCUGAGAAUCUGUAUGUAUGUUUUUGUAAAUAAAAUAAUUUACCAUAUGCUAGGGGAAGGACCUGGCUCUUAAAGAAAUUGUAUAAAGACAUUUAUUAUGGGAUUUGUUAUGCAGUGAAUCAAUAAUUUCAAAAUGUCUUAGAGCUUUUUCUCACCCCCUUGACUGAGGGUUUUUUUUUUUUUUUUUCAGUAAAUAAUCUUAUUUAGUGAGAUUUGUGUUCCAGGAAGUGUGCAUCCUCAUUUGUUCAUUUAAAACUGCAAAGAUUUGUAUGUCUCCUAUGUUUUACUUUCAUGCCAAAGAAACCCUUUUUAAAAGCCAGCAGGUUGCAACAACUGGGGG